ACGGAUGCCUAUCUUCAGAUUGUUCGACGACUACCGUGAUGAAGAUUUUUAUGGGCUUCCGCGGAAAUACAGUAUUGUCGCUCGGGUCGAAGUUAAAUUCCCGAUUGAACCACGUUUUCGUGAUAGACAACAUUUCGUUUUGUCUGACAUCAAUGGAGCCAAGAUCGAGGCCAUAACAUAUAUGUAUGAGACAGUCAAACAUUUCGACAAUUUGCUCCAUGAAAAGCAUGUUUACAAGAUGCAUAAUGUGAAGUUCAGUCUUCAUCCGGGUGAAUUUAAUUUUCGUCAUCUAAAUGGUCCCAUGGAAUUGUGUCUUGACCAACAAACUAUCGUGGAGCCAUACACUGUUCCAAUUCAGAUGGCGCCAUUCCCAAAACAAAUACUAUUGAACCUUGCUGAUAUUGCCGAGUUGCCAAACAGGACUUUAGUCGACAUUAUGGCUGUUGUAGUCCACUUGGAUACAAUACAUCGCACAAUGUGGGGCCCUUUCAGAAAGAUUGUUAUAAUGGAUGCUAGGGGAUAUUUACAUAUCAUUAAAGUUUGGGGUGACCUACUAAACAAAAAUGCACUCCGCUGGGCGUUGGCUAAGGAGGAUUAUGGCAUAAUAAUUGGGACUAUGUUUAGACGGUUCAGAAGACAAGAGUGCCUCGAGUCUUCGGAUCAUACCGCAAUACACUUCAAUCCGUUCCAUCACAACACCCAUCAUUUUCGACCAAUCCAAAAAGCUUUGGUGGCGCUGAACAACCGUCAGUUUGCUGUUACAUUUCUUGAAGAAGAAAGGCGUAGAUAGAUUCUACAAAUUCGCAAAGAGCAAUAAUUGGGACUAUGUUUAGGCGUAGAGAGAUUUGAUAGAAUACGUGUCGUACUGUUAUUGAGCAACCAAACGCAACAAGAGGCAAACUUGUAUGUCUAUGAAUCUUGUUUGUAAUACCUAUGACAUGGGUUUAAUAAGAGAUAUUUUGUGAA